AUGGCGGCCGAGACGAGAAGCGUCGUUGGAGGCGGAGGCCUAGCGGAGGCGGAGGCCGUUGAGAAUGUUGAUGCUGGUGGCGAGGAUGGGAGGGAUGCAGAUUCUGGUGGUGGUGAUGCCUCGGGGAAGAUUUUCGUAGGGGGUGUAGCCUGGGAGACAACCGAAGAAACAUUCACAAAGCAUUUUCAGAAGUAUGGAGCUAUAACUGAUUCUGUGAUCAUGAAGGACAAGCAUACUAGGAUGCCUCGUGGAUUUGGAUUUGUUACAUUUUCCGAUCCAUCUGUGCUUGACAGGGUUCUAGAGGAUGACCAUGUCAUAGAUGGAAGAACAGUUGAAGUCAAAAGGACUGUUCCGAAAGAGGAAAUGUCAUCGAAAGAUGGACCUAAGACAAAAAAGAUCUUUGUGGGUGGUAUUCCACCAUCUCUUACCGAAGAUAAAUUAAAGGAGCACUUCUCAUCAUACGGGAAGGUGGUUGAGCAUCAGAUUAUGCUUGACCAUAGCACUGGACGUUCACGUGGCUUUGGAUUUGUCACAUUUGAAAGCGAGGAUGCUGUUGAAAGGGUUAUGUCAGAGGGAAGAAUGCAUGAUCUUGGAGGGAAACAGGUUGAAAUUAAGAAAGCUGAACCAAAGAAACCAGGCGGGGGUGAUUCAAGCUCAAACGGAAGACACAGUCGUGGUGGUGGUCACCGUGAUUCAUACCGUGGUAGUGGUGGUGGCAGUGGUGUUUCUGGGAACAGCAGUGGUGGUGGCUAUGGAUACGGUGGUGGCUACCGAUCAACUGCUGCAGCAUAUUAUGGCAGCACAGCAUAUGGUGCAUACGGCAGAGGGUAUGGAUAUGGUGGUACUCCUGCUGGCUAUGGCUCAGGUUAUGGCUCUGCAUAUGGUGGUUCCAUGUAUGGAAGUCCAUAUGGUGCCUACGGGGCAUAUGGUGGUGCCUAUGGAGGUAGUGCAUAUGGUGCUCCAGGAGGUUAUGGUGCAGGAGGAUAUGGCAGCUAUGGUGGGGCUGGAGGCAUGGGUGGUGGUGGCAGCGCUGGUGGUCGGGGCUCCAGCAGAUACCACCCUUAUGGAAAAUGA